AUGGGCAAGCUACUGAACCUCGGGGCGCGGCUCAAGUACCCGCUCACCAUUAUCAAGCUGCUCAAGAAGCCCGGCGACGAAAUCAAGAAGCUCGAGCCCAUCCUCGAGUAUAGUUGGCCGCGCAUCGUCGUCGUCGGUGACACAACAUCUAUGGAAGAGGGCGCGCAAUGGACCAAGGCAGAGACGGCGUACGGCAUGUGGGAGAGUCCUACAGAGGGCAGCCUCAAGUCGUGGAAGGUGAAGGAAGGUAUGGUCAUCGAGCGGGACAUGCGAUUCGUAGACAUCGAGGAGACGUGCCCGCAUAGUGUGCAGUUCCAGGGCCUGUGCGGUAUGUGUGGAAAGGACAUGACGGAGGUGACAUUUGCGAGCUUCGGUGAUGAUACCGCGCGCGCGAAUAUCAACAUGAUUCAUGACCAUACAUCGCUGAAGGUUAGUCAGGACGAGGCGUCGAAGGCGGAGGAUGAACUGCAGCGACGGCUGCUGAAGCAUCGGAAGCUGUCGCUGGUGGUGGAUCUCGAUCAGACGAUCAUACACGCGUGUAUUGAGCCGACGGUGGGGGAGUGGCAAAGGGACAAGAACUCUCCAAACUACGAGGCUGUUAAGGAUGUCAAGAGCUUCCAGCUGAAUGAUGAUGGACCCAGGGGCCUAGCGUCAGGAUGCUGGUACUAUAUCAAGAUGCGGCCUGGUUUGGCGGAGUUCUUGGCACAUAUCUCGGAGCUGUACGAGUUGCAUGUGUACACGAUGGGUACGCGGGCCUACGCUAUUAAUAUCGCCAAGAUCGUCGACCCGGACAAGAAGUUAUUUGGAGAUCGGAUCAUUAGCAGAGAUGAGAACGGAAAUGUGACGGCAAAGAGUCUAGCGCGACUGUUCCCGGUGGAUACGAAGAUGGUGGUUAUCAUCGAUGAUCGGGCGGAUGUGUGGCCACAAAACCGACCGAACCUGAUCAAGGUAGUUCCAUACGAUUUCUUCCUGGGAAUUGGAGACAUCAAUUCGAGUUUCUUGCCGAAGAGAGAAGAGUUACCGCCGAUGCAGUCUAUUAUCAAGAAAAAGACGUCGAAAUCUGAGCUGAAGUCAGCCCAAACAGGCGAGGACGGAGAUACUUCCAACCUCAAGGAAGCCAGCCCCGAGGCCGUCAAGCUUGCCGAGCCAGAGCCAGACGAAGCCAAGAAGGAGGGCGAAUCGAAGAUUAGUGCCCUGGAGGAGCUGGUGAGGAUGGGAAGUGGCGACGACCAAGCUCUGCGACUUGAACAAGCUGCCGAGCAAGAGAAGUUCCUGGAGAAACAAUUGACGGAUCGGCCACUGCUCCAUAUGCAAGAGAAGCUCGAGCAAGAGGACAGUGAGGCCCCGGCCCAAGAUACGCCAAAAGGCGAGGCGGCACCCGAACAACCUCAACACAAACACAACCUGCUUGUCGAUAACGAUGUGGAGCUCAAGUAUCUGGAGCAACAUUUGACUCAGGUGCACAAGGCGUUCUAUGAGGAGUAUGACGGUGCAUUGGUUAAUGCUCAUGGAGGUAGGGUUGCACAGUUGAAGCCGGGACACAACAAGAAGAUGUCAAUCAAGACUAGUGCGGCAGAUCUCAAGAUAGUGCCUGAUAUUGGACAGGUCAUGCCACGGUUGAAGACAAAGACAUUAGAGGGUUGCACAAUUGUGAUGUCAGGCCUCGUACCGCUACAAGCAGAUAUCAUGAGGACUGAGAUUGGAUUACAAGUUGUUAGCUUUGGCGCGAAAAUUCAGGCGAAGGUCAACCGCAAAGUGACGCAUCUCGUAGCUUCGACGAGUAGGACCCGUACGCACAAAGUCCGGCAGGCGGCAAAGUACCCGAACAUUAAGAUUGUGAACCAGCAGUGGCUGCUGAAUUCUAUGAGUAAGUGGAAGAAGGAGGACGAGACCCCUUACUUGGUGACCAUCCACGAAGCCGAUCGCGUGCGUUCUUCAGGCUUCGACUCCAACUCCAGUACAGCCUCCUCCGUUGACGACUCUGACUCUAGUUCUUCCGAGGGCGGUAACGAGGACGGUACCGAGGAUGGGAUCGACGACGCGCCUAGUAGCUCGCAAGAUGAGACAGUCGAAGACUUGGAAGGCGUGAUGCCAAGCGAUAUGGAAGAGGGACGCAGCCCAAUCGAAGACCUUCAGCAAUUCAACUGGGGAGAAGCAGAUGAUGAAUUAGCAGAAUUCAUGAAUUCCGACUCGGAGGGCGAAGAAGGCGAUUCAGACUCCGGGAGCGAGAGUGACACCAGCCGAGCGAGCGACGCGAGUAAGCGGAGUCGGCAAGGCAAGAAGCGAUACCACGACGAAGCCACGGAAGAUGGGGAGAGUGAAGAAGAGAGCCAGCUGGCGAAGAAGCAGCGCAUUGCCAAGGAGAGGACGACGGGGCUCGCAAGUGGUGAGGUUUUGGGACUCGAGGAGAGUAGUAAUAGUCUGUCGACGCCGGCUGCGGAUGAGGACGAGAAUGUGGAUGAGGAUGUGGAUGAGGAUGUGGAUGAAGAUGUGGAUGAUGGCUGGGGAGACGAUUUGGAGGCUGAUCUUGAGGCGGAGUUUGCAAGGGAGGCGGAGGAGCAAGCGAAGAGUGCUGCGGAUGCGUCCGCUUGA